AUGCCCGGCCUGAAGCGCUCCCGCGCCCAAGUCGACGCUGCCGACGAUUCCGCUCGCUCUUUCGCCGACCGCUCCAACAAAAUGAACCAAGCCAAACGCAAGGCCGACGGCAACGCGCCGCACGCGAAAAAGCAGAAGACGGCCGGCGCCAAACACCCGCCGACCAAGAAAUACCAGCCCAAGAAAUUCUCGCUCAACCCGCUCAAGGCCCGCAUCCGCGACCUGCGGCGCCAGCUGUCGCGCAAUGGCGAUGACAUGCCCGCCAACGUGCGCGUCGACAAGGAGCGCGAGCUGCAGGCGUGCGAGCACGAGUUGUCCGUCGCCGAGGCGGAGCGCAUCAAGCAAGACAUGAUCCCGCGCUACCACAAGGUCCGCUUCUUCGAACGUCAAAAAGCUACGCGCUUCCUCAAGAAGGCCGUCAAGCGUCUGAAUGAGAACUCGGACCCCGAGAAGCACGCCGAACUCGAGCGCGAGAAGCACAUCUGCGAAGUCGACCUCAACUACACCCUUUACUACCCGCUUAUCCGCGCCUACGUCUCGCUCUACGCUACCUCCAAGAAUAAGGAUGACACAGAUGGCGCCUCGGCGACAACCCGCAUCGGAGGCGACAAGGAAAUGUGGGAGCUGGUGGAGAAGAAGAUGCAGGACAACGCGCUGGAGGCCCUGCGAAAUGGGCUGGAAUGGAGGGAAGGAGCACCCGAGACGGCAUCUUCGGCAACGCCUGCUGCUGCUCCGGCGCAGAAGAAGUCUACGAAGGCUCCCACUGCGAAGCCCGCUACCAAAGCUGCUAAGGAAGAAGAAUCUGGCGAUGAGAGUGAUGGUGGCUUCUUCGAAUGA